AUGGCUAACACUCCUCUGCUCUUGCUUAUUACUGCACUUCCAGCUCCCUCUCUCUCAGCAUCUGUGAAUGUGGGAACAAUUAAUGGAGGAGAAGCCAAACCUCACUCCAGACCCUACAUGGUCUCAGUGCAGAAGACACACAGACAUAUUUGUGGCGGCUUUCUGGUGUCUGAGUCCUUUGUUAUGACGGCAGCCCACUGCUAUAGCAGUGCACAAAACCUUGAAGUCGUGUUGGGUGCUCAUGAUCUGUCAGCUAAAGACAACUUGGGCCCAGUGACAGUGAAGAAAUAUCACAGACAUCCUAAUUUUGAUCCAGGAAUUUUAAUAAAUGACAUUAUGCUUUUGGAGCUCGAGAAUGAAGUUCAGCUGAGCGACAGAGUGCAGCUUAUCCCACUUCCAAAGCCCGAUGGAGACGUCAAAGCUGGGACUGUCUGUAGUGUGGCUGGAUGGGGUUUCACCAGAUCCUAUGGACAUCCUUCUAUGCGCCUACAAGAGGCCAAUCUCACAGUCUUCAAUGAGACAGAGUGUAAACGCCUCUGGACACACCAUGAUGGAGAGGUCAAUGACACAAUCAACAAGAUGGCCUCAUUCGGACUCCACCCAUUUCUGCGUUACCCUGCCCAGGUCAAGAUCACCUACCUAGGGCAGGUCAUCCACUUUGAGAUCCCAUCUGACGCAGAAAACUUUCUUCAAAACACAUUUCCUCUGUUUGGCAAAGCAGCGGGACUGCGUCUCUGCAGGAAACUGAUGAUAUGA